AUGAGUUCAGAGGACUUGGAAUUGCAAGAUGCGAAUGACAACACUGCAUUCAGCCUCGCUGCAGCAACUGGGAACAUGCAGAUUGUUGAGAUCAUGAAGAGAAAAAACCAGAGCUUGCCGUUCAUAAGGGGUGCUCAUGGAACCACUCCUCUUCAUGUGGCUGCUUUACAAGGAAGAAGUGAAAUGGCUUGGCAUCUUUACCAUGAAACUAUUCGCAUUUUUGAAUAUCGUGAUUGGACACUACUACUGUUCUACUGUGUCUACAGUGGAAUCUACGGUAAUAAUAUUGCACGAACAAAACAUGAGACCGUAAAAGAUGGCGAGAGUGAACUUUGA